CAGCUAGCCAAUGGGCAGGCCGAAUUAAAUGUCAUCAGAAUUUAUUGACAUAUUUUUCAUGAAUAGCGAUUGAGGUAUUUUGGGUAUAAAUAAUAACAAAAAACGUGUAAACAAAACAUUGAUAAAGGAUUGGGCACAAAUAAAAUGGAUUACAAGAGCCGCUGUCGGACAUGCUUGGGCAGCGAGAAAGAAAUGCGCCAUAUACACACAAGCGUAAGAAUAGCUGGCGAGGAUGUCCACUUAUCUGAUAUUCUGCAGAAUUUUUACAAUUACAAGGUCACACCAGACCCAAUAUUUCCAGACAGCAUAUGCAUCAACUGCGUUCACCAGCUAACCAUUACUUACUCCUUCAAAGUCCUCAUAGAGUCCAGCUCCAAGACCUUGAUGGACAACCUCACCCUCCUUGAUUCAACCAGCGACAAUUACGAAUGUACCUACGAAUCUGACGACCAAAAACCAGACUGCCAUAUCAGUAUUAAAAGCAGAAAAAUUAAAAAGUUAGAACAAAAUAUUCAAGAUGAAAUUCUGCUGUUGUUCUGCGUAGAAUGUAAGGCUGAGUUCCAUUCAGUCAAACUUCUGAAUGAACACUGCGUAAAUAACCAUCCCACAAAGUCUGUAAUUGGAAGGGAUUGUGAUUACUGCAAUGAGAAAUUCGAAGAUUUUCGUUCACUAGUCUUGCACAGAAAAUUACAUCUAAAGCCUUAUUUGUGUGAAAAUUGUUGGGAAGGGUUCUACAAUGAAGAUGAACUGAACACACAUUCAUGUCAACCGAAUGUAGAAAAUAAAGGGAAAAAUAAGUCUGAAAAGGUAUUACGUCAAUGUGAUCAAUGUGGGAAGUCAUAUCCUCCUGGCUACAUAAGAAUCCAUAUGUUAACACACAGUAACGAUCGGCCAUACAGCUGUAAAUUUUGUCCAAAAAAGUUCAAAGUACCAGGUGGUCUUCAUUCCCAUGUACUAUGGAACCAUAAGAGAACAAGGAAUCAUAAAUGUGAAGUCUGCAAUGCUACAUUCAUUUCUUCAAGUUCCAGAAGUUCUCACAUAAGGAAGAAUCAUUUGAAAGAGAAGAAGUACGGCUGUGACAGUUGCGGUAAACGGUUCUUCUCCAAGUCAGAAUUGCAGAGGCAUUCUUUAACACACACUGGUGUUAAGAACUUCCAUUGUCAUCUAUGUGACAAGUCCUAUCAAACCAGAUACGGUUUAAAUGUGCAUUUAAAGUCCCAUUCCCCGAUAAAUAUGAAUGUAUUGAAUUUGUAAAACAAAGUACAAAAUUGUUUAAUUGAUCUCAUUAUUAUUAACAAAGUAACUAUUUAAUUAUUUAUUGUAUUCUAUUAUUUAAGAUUACAUGUUUAAUUACAUAAUUAGAAA